AGGUCUGUUGUGUGUCACUUUCACAGAUACAGCUCUAUUGUGUGGUAAUGGUGCCGAAUCAUGCUUCGCCAAGUAUGGUGGGAUGUCGCUUAAGGCAAAAUGUUGUCAUGAGAUGGCUCUGAGACUGCUGCUCAACUGUAUAGAAUCGCAUGCAGCACAGUAUUCUCGUUACACCGUGCCUGUCCUUUGCAUGAGUGCCGACUUCUGCCUUCGAGUGUUUGUGAAAAUCUACACAAGUGCCGAACAUGCCAACAGCACAGCCAGCAAGAGGGCGCUAGUAUAUCAGUGCACUGGCUGUGAAACAUUUAACUUGCAGCACAUGGGAAAGAUUAGUACAAAUGAUCAAAACAACACAAUGUAUAAGAACAGUGCUGGGCCACCAGUCAGCCUCGCAUGCAGACAUUGUUCUUAUCCCCAUCAUUUGGGUGGACCGAUAUGGGCAGAGCCCCUGUAUGAGACUACAUUCCUCACUGGAAUGAUCCAAAAUAUUCAAGAUCACUGGGAUGCAUUAAAGUCGUCAAAGAGAAUCAUUGGUAUGCUGACAAUGAUGAUGGAAGAAUUGCAAGAUGCCCCACUGUACUAUGUGCUGGAUAAGAUAUGUAGUGUUGUGCAAGUACCAGCACCAAAAAUAAUAAAAGUCAGGUCAGCGUUGCUGCAUGCAGGAUUCCGUGUGUCCGGCUCUCAUUGCAAUCAAGGAGCAAUUAAAACUGAUGCUCCUAGCGACACCAUCUGGGAUAUUGUUCGCUGCUUGGCAAGAGAAGAAGGCAAGCCAAUAAAGCCCAAACUAAGAUCUCAGGCAGAGGUGAUUCUAAGCAAAGAGCCAAGUUUUAAAGCAAACUUUGAGAAGCACCCUGAUGCAGAUCCAAUAUCAAAGAGGCGAGGGCAGAAACUGCAAACUACUCCUGACACCAAGAAAAGGCAACCUGACAUGAGUGAUGUGGUGAUAGAGAAACAUGAUGGUGAUAGCAUAGAUGGAGCAUCAAAGCCGAAGCAGAGCCAAGGCAAGAAACGAAAGAAGAAAAAGCAAGCAAAUCCAGACUUCCUUAAGAGGUUUCCGUGCAAGAAGUACAAACGGGGAGAGUGCACGCUGGGAGAGACAUGCCGCUACUCGCACGACCUUGACAAGGUCAGUCGUGUCAAGCCUGCAGGCACAGAGCAGACGGAGGAGCAGCCUGAUCUGAAAGCGGAGAACAACUCUGACGUUCGCGCUGGUGCAGAGCACGGGGACUACGAGCCCAUGCUUACAGACAACCCAAACUUCCUGAGUGACAAUCCUCAAAACUUUCAGGCAUUCUGAUACUGUCCGUGUGUGGCAUCGAGAGUUUGCGUCGUCCUGCGUCACAGUGUUGUUGCUACGUUUCACUGUGUUGUUGCUACGUUUCACUGUGUUGUUGCCGUGUUUGCUAAUCUUGUCCACAUUUCUCACAAUGCUGGGGGCAGGGUUAGGUCUUGUGGGGCUUUAGGGUUGCUAGCUAUCUAGACAGGUUCAAUUGCGUGGUUUUGCAGACAUUAGCGUAGUCAUUGACGUCUCAAGAUCUAACGUGAUGUUGCACGUUUAGUUGUUUAUGAUUCAGGUGAUGUAUUAGUUACAAUGUAACAACAACAAACUAAUGCAUGUUAGUAGUUUGUUUGUUAACAUAGUUUUAGUUUUUUUGUAUUUUAAUCAACGUCGUUGUAAGCUAUGCCACUGAUGGGAAAAUUUGCUUGUGUAGUUUGUUUUCAUUUUUUUUAUUUUGGUCGUCAGAUUCAACGUUCAACUUCUACCGAUCUAUAUUUGUGUGUAAAAGUAAAACGGGAAUGUAAACUGCCAUGUACACAUCAUGAAUAUUUUGUUGCGCUUUGGAAACAAAAGUCAAACGUAUGAGUGAUCGUAUACGCACAAGGAAGACUCGGGACUAAGUAUGGCAAUGUACAGGCAGUCUUAAACCGCACUUUUAGUAGAAUUCAUCCCGUUUACAGGUGCCCUUGUACUGUAAACACCUUUUAAAGAACAGCGGCCCAGUUAUUUAGAUUAUUCCUGUACAGAUUCAUGAACUGCUGUAUAUAUCUCGCUUGCAAUAUUGGGAUGGAUUCUAGAAUAGCCUCAUCGUAAAUUCGUCAAAAUAAUAAUUAAGUUUGGUUUCUAUGCUGGUUUGACGGAAAUAAUGUGCUAUGAAACACUAUUUGAUAAUGUUGCGGUGUAUAUUGUCAUAGUCUGCUUAUAAUGUGGCGUGUUGUAUUCGUCGUGGUCGAAGUGCCUUGUCACAACAGCUAGUAACCCUAAUGACUGCUAUCGGUAUAUAACGGAGUUUCACAUUCCUACCCUUAAUUCUAAUCCACAUUAGUGUUUGUGUAAUAUACACAUAUCUAUUGCUUUGUGUCUUAAUAAUAUUCACUGCUCUUUUCGUCGUUAUAAAUGUUUUAUGAAUGAGUAUACUACUUUGUUGUAACGCUUUCGUACAGCACUACAAGCCCGUGAAUCGCAUUGAUUUAAUUUGCAUCCUCGUGUUUCAGCAAUUGGUCACGAACUAAUAUGCUGUAUAGUUAGCAAGUUGAUGCCUCAUUCACUGGUUAGCUCUAAAGUAUUACGCCAAGCCGCGAUCCUUGCUGAUAUUUGUGUGGGUGGUCCCUGCCUUAGUAUUUUACGUUUUCAAUGGUUCUUUGGCGCCCUCAUUGACGGGCCCGCUAUUUUACCUGGUUAUCCAAGCCACGAGAUAAUCAUAGUCCGCAAUGGACCGGGUUUCUACUCCCAUUUCAUUUACUAUUAUUAUUGUAAUAAUUUGUGCAUGGCGAACGCAUGAACAAAUAAAUUAUAUGCUAUAUUUAGUUGUUUUGCAGUAUUUUGGUAAUUCAGUGUUAGUAACGUAAAAUGUAUAUUAAUAUAUGUCACAAGUAUAUGUUUAUUUUAGUAGCAAGUAUAGUAGGCACGGCAUUAAACGACGAACUGUAUAUGAAGAAAUAAACGUUUAACUGUAACGCAA